CUGGCAGAUGUCUGCAGUCCCAGCCCUGUGCUCGCGGAGCUGCCGGAGGCUCGCGGGUCUUGGAUCUCAUCCCGCUGCUGGCGCUGCCGCCGGGGCAUGGGCGCCGCGAUCCAGCUCUGGGUUGUCUUCACUCUCGUCGCGCCAGGGGUCCUCGGGAUUUCUUGUGACCCUCCUCCUCCUAUCAAAAAUGGUCGGAAGAUGUCUUUUUCUGGCCCCGUACCUGUCGGUACAGUUGUAAAGUACUCUUGUCUGUCUUCCUUCCGCCUCAUUGGAGAAAAGAUUAUUUUUUGUAUAAGUAAAGACCAAGUGAGUGGAAUCUGGGACAAAGCUGCUCCUGUCUGUGAAUAUUUCAAUAAACAUUCUAUUUGCUCUGAGCCCAAAGUACCAGGGGGAUACAGGAAUAGAGAAUCCAGGCCACCAUAUAUACAUGGUGAUUCUGUGACAUUCACCUGUAAAGCCAACUUCACCAUGAAAGGAAACAAAACCGUCUGGUGUCAAGCAAAUAAAACUUGGGGGCCCACACCACUACCGACUUGUGAGAGUGAUUUCCCUCUGGAGUGUCCACCACUUCCCAGGAUCCCUAAUGGACAGCACACAGGCCAAAAUGUUGACCGCUUUGCCCCAGGAUUGUCUGUGACUUACAGCUGCGAACCUGGUUACUUGCUUGCUGGAGAAAAGACCAUUAAAUGUUUAUCUUCGGGCAAUUGGAAUUCUAUCCCUCCCACAUGUGAAGAGGCCCAGUGCAAACCUCUCGGACGACUUCCAAAUGGGCAAGUAGAGGAGCCUCUAAGUCUUCGGGUUGGUGUAAUUGCAAACUUCUCCUGUAAUGAGGGGUAUCGAUUACAAGGCCAGCCUUCUAGUCAGUGUGUGAUUGCUGAAGAGAAAGCUGUUUGGACCAAGAAGCCUGUAUGUGAAGAAAUUCUCUGUCUACCACCUCCCCCUAUUCUCAAUGGAAGACAUACAGGCAGUUCUUCAGUAAAUGUUCCAUAUGGAAGCACAGUCACUUACACUUGUGAUCCAGGCCCAGAGGAAGGUGUGGACUUCAUCCUUAUUGGAAAUAACACUAUCCGUUGUACCACCAAUAAUCAGAAGACUGGGACCUGGAGUGACCCUGCCCCACGCUGUGAACUUUCUGUUUCUGUGGUUCAGUGUCCAUAUCCCCAGAUACCAAGAGGCCAAAUGUUAUCUGUGCAGAAAGAUCAGUAUUCCUAUAAUGACACUGUGGUAUUUGCUUGUGAGCCUGACUUCACCUUGAAGGGCAGCAGCAGAAUUCGGUGCAAUGCCCAAGGCACAUGGGAACCUCCAGCUCCGGUCUGUGAAAAGGAAUGCCAGGCCCCUCCUGAAAUUCUCAAUGGCCAAAAAGAAGAUAAACACAUGGACCACUUUGACCCUGGAACAUCUAUAAAAUAUAGUUGUGACCCUGGCUAUGUGCUGGUGGGAGAAGAAUUCGUACUUUGCACCCCUGAGGGAAAGUGGACACCUACUGCCCCCCAGUGCAAAGUGGCAGAGUGUGAACCCAUAGGAGAACCUCUUUUUAAAAAACCUCAGGAUCAAUUUAUUAGACCAGCUGUUAAUGUUUCUUGUGGUGAUGGGUCCCUGUUAAGUGAGAGUGUUUAUCAGUUGUGUCAAGGUACAAUUCCUUGGUUUAUAGAGAUUCGUCUUUGUAAAGAAAUCACCUGUCCACCGCCCCCUGUUAUCCACAAUGGAGUGCACACAGGGAGUUCUUCAGAAGAUGUUCCAUAUGGAACCAUGGUCACUUACACGUGUAAUCCUGGGCCAGAGAAAGGAGUGCAUUUCAACCUCAUUGGGGAGCGCACCAUCCGUUGUACAAGCAAUGGUCAAGAGAGAGGCACCUGGAGUAGUCCUGCCCCUCUCUGUAAACUUUCCAUCCCUGCUGUCCAGUGCUCAGAUAUCCACAUUGCAAAUGGAUACAAGAUAUCUGGAAAGAAUGCCCCAUAUUUCUUCAAUGACAGUGUGACAUUCAAGUGUAAUAAUGGAUACAUUUUGAAUGGCAGUAGUCAAAUUCGUUGCAAAGCCAAUAACACCUGGGAUCCUGAAAUACCAGUUUGUGAAGAAGAAGGAUGUGAGCCUGCAAGAAACUUUCGAGAGCUUCCAGAUGAUUCACAUGUGAAACUAGUGAACAGGUCCUGCCAAGAUGGGUACCAAUUGACUGGACAUACUUAUGAGAAGUGUCAAGAUGCUAAGAAUGGGGUUUGGUUCCAAAAGAUCCCACUUUGUAAAGUUAUUCGCUGUCAACCUCCACCAAUGAUUGCCAAUGGGAAGCACACAGGCAUGAUGGCAGAACCAUUUCUAUAUGGAAAUAAAGUCUCUUAUGAUUGUGACCCAGGAUUCUAUCUUCUGGGAGAGAAGAUUUUACAGUGCAGAAAUGAUACUAAAGGAUAUGGAUCUUGGAGUGGGCCUCCCCCACAAUGCUUACAGUCUCCGCCUAUAACUCACUGCCCUAACCCAGUAGUCAAACACGGAUACAAACUGAAUGAAACUCACUCUUUGUAUUCCCACAAUGACAUAGUAUACAUAGCCUGCAAUCCUGGAUUCAUCAUGAAUGGCAGUCACUUGAUAAAGUGCCAUACAGAUAACACAUGGGUACCAGGUGUACCAACUUGCAUCAGAAAGGCUUUCUUAGGAUGUCAGUCUCCAUCCACAAUUCCCAAUGGGAAUCACACUGGUGGAAAUAUAGCUCGAUUUUCUCCUGGAAUGUCAAUCCUGUACAGCUGUGACCAAGGCUACCUGCUGGUGGGAGAAGCACUUCUUCUCUGCACACACAAGGGAAUCUGGAACCAACCUACUCCUUAUUGUAAAGAGGUAAACUGUAGCUUCCCAGAGAAUAUCAAUGGAAUCCAGAAGGGACCAGAGCUUGGGAAAAUGUAUCAGUAUGGAGAUAUUAUUACUUUGGAAUGUGAAGAUGGGUAUACUCUGGAGGGCAGCCCCCAAAGCCAGUGCCAGGGCGACCAUCAGUGGAACCCUCCACUGGCUGUCUGCAGAUCCCGUUCACUUGCUCUUAUUAUUAGUGGUAAGUUUUCUUAAAUACUUGAAGAAUAGCUCUUAUGAUGC